AUGGAUUGGGCGAUCCGCGGCUUCGGAGCUGCGUGGGGCCUGAAAGGCACAGAGGCACUAUGCCGAUUCGUCAAGCUGUGCAGGGCCAGGGACGCGGAUGGGGCGGCCACGGCGGAUUGGUCGCUGGAGCGCGAAGCGCAAGCCUUUGUGGAUUGGGUCAUCAUAGAAGGCGGGCUCUUGCCCAAGGCCUGCCAGAUCUUGGCCGAGAGGCCUGACAUCGUAGAGGAGAAGGUCUAUCGCGAGGCGCUCUCGCGGUGCCAGGUGGAUUGCCAGCCCGUGGCCUUUGAUGAGAUCGGCGCCAUCCUCCGACGCGAGGGCCUCGCAGACCACGUGGCGACUUUGGGCGCUUUGGGGGAAGCGGCCUCUACUGGAAGCAUUGGCCAGGUCCACUUCUGCGGGGACCAUGUCAUCAAGGUGUCCCUGUUGAAGAAGAAGCUGCAGAUGGAGCGCCAGUUUGCCUGGCUCAAGGCGCUGUUGAAGCUCCCCGGUCUUCAGAAGACCAUCUUGGGGGACAUCCAAUAUGUGGCGGGUCCCAUCAAGGAUCAGGUCCUUGCUGAGUUCAACCUCCGCAUCGAGCAGCGGAACCUGCGCCUGGCGCCCUUUGCUUUGGCGCGGGCAAAAGCCCUGCAGGACUGCGGAGCUGUCAGAGUGCCAGAAGCGUCUGAGAAGAGCACGAAACAUGUGAUCAUCAUGAAGCGUGAGCACGGCAUUGUUCUGAAGGACUUCUUGAAUGAGGAGCCCUUGGCACGGAGCCGGGCACAGCUGCAGCGCAUCAUGCGGCUCUGGGGGGCCCAGGUGCUGGGCCUGGGGUGGUUCCACACCGACCCACACCCUGGGAACUUGAUGCUGACCGAGGAGGGGUGCCUGGCGCUGCUGGAUUGGGGCUCUGUGAGCGUGCUGAGCGCUGAGCAACUCCAGGAUCUGCGGGCCCUCUUCGGGUUCCUGGGCCGACGGCCUGCGGACAUGGGCCUGGCGGUGCAAGCGAUGCGGCGCUUGGGGUUCGAGACCAAGAAGGGCACGGACGCCGGGCUGGCGCAGCUCAUCAUCUCCACCUUUGCCAUGGACUUGGUGUACCAGCCCGAGGUCAGGGCUGCCCUGGGCGGCGAGGAGGAGGAUCUGCCAAAGAAGAUCCCCUCAGACAUGGCUCAGCUGAUCAGAGUCAUCGCGACGCUGGAGGGCAUGGCGGCGCGGGUGCAGGCUGGCCGUGUGCUGCCGCUGUGGCUGCCCUUGCUGGAGCAGGAAGCAGACAGCGUGGAAGCUCGGCCACUCAUCGAGGGCGAGGGGAAUUUCCUGCGUGGCGACAGCAAGCCGAGGUCAAGCGUGUGGGCCAUGCCCUCCUUCACCUUGUGGUCCAAGUUGUCCGAGGAGGAGCUGUGGAUGAAGUUCUGCGAGCUGGACGUGGAUCACAGCGGGACCCUGACCAGGCAAGAGGCCUGCCAAGGCCUGUGCAGGCUGGGAAGGUCGGAGGCAGAGGUGCAGAAGGAGCUGAGCCGGUGGCCUUCGGACGUGGACUUUCAGACCUUCAAGCAGUUGGCCAAAGGCAAGGACGCGCGGGCGGCCUUUGACAAGGUGGACGUGGAUGGCUAUGGCCAGCUUCUGGGAAGGGAGGAGAUCGCGGAUGCCUUGCGUGAGAUGGGCAAGAGCCAGAAGCAGAUUGACAGCCUCGUGAGGGCUAUGCCGGAUGGUCAGGAGAUGGACUUUGAGGGCUUUCAGGAGCUUUUGGGAAGGGGUGGCCAAUCCUUCGCAGCAGUGAAGACCGGCCUCUCCAACGUCCUGUCCGCGCUGAAGCUGUCGCCCAAGAUGUCGGAGGAGCAGCUGUUGGCGAAGUUCAAAGAGAUCGACACGGACAAGAGCGGCAAGCUGUCCAAGGAGGAGGUAGAAAUGGCACUGCUUGGCCUUGGCAGGUCACAGAGUGAGAUUGACCAGGAGCUGAGCAGAUGGCCUCUGGAGGAUGGCGUGGAUUUCCCAGCCUUCCGACUGAUGGUGAAGCCGGUCAGAACGAGCUGGAUGAAGCUGGGCCUAAAGGACUCUGAGCUUCGGGACGCCUUCGACCUCAUCGACACCGACCGCUGCGGAAGUCUGCUGGGCCGGGAGGAGGUGGAAGAUGCGCUGAGGCAGCUGGGCAAAAGCGAGAAGCAGAUCCAGCAGCUGGCGGCGCAGCUGGCAGUGGACGAGGUCGUGGGCUUCGAGGCCUUUGCGCGCCUGGCGCGAGGCAGCGAUUCCGCAAAAAGCUUCCGUCGGCCCCGGCUGUCUCUGGCCAAUCCUUUCUCCAGUCCAAAGUUGACGGAGGAGCAGCUACGUGAGAAGUUCCUGGAGAUGGAUGACGGGAGCGGCCUGCUGUCACGGGAGGCUGCUCUGGAGGCGCUGGCCCAGCUACGGGUGCCGCUAAACCGGAUCGAGGAGGCGACGGUGGACUUUGAGACCUUCAAGUCGCUGGCUCGGCCCAGGUCGGCCUGGCAAGAGGCGGGCCGCUCCUUCAGGGAAACCGUGGGGGACUUCUUCGGUAGUUUCUCCGAUGAAGAGCUACGUGACGCGUUCGACAAGAUCGACGCGGACAAAAGCGGCACGCUGGAGAAGCCGGAGCUGGGCGCGGCCUUGCGGGAGAUGGGCCAGAGCGAGGCCCGGAUCGGGCGCCUGCUGAAUGAGAUCGAGGACGAGAAAGCCCUGGCGCCUAGGAUCGAUCGGAGCCUCCCACAUGGGCUUCGGGUUUAG